GGGUCAUUCCUCCGCGUUUCGUCGCCUGUGAACCGGGGUAGGAGCGGCAGUGGUCCCGUAUGAACGCUAGGCUUUAGGCAGGUAAGUCCCCCGAGAUGAGGCUCCGUUUGGCCGGGGCCGUGCUGCUGUCGGCGGCCGCCUACUACGUCUACCUGCCGCUACCGAGCGGCGUGAGCGAGCCGUGGAAGCUCAUGCUGCUGGACGCGCUGUUCCGGAGCUUCAUGCAGGCGAGCGACGUGGCUCACGCGCUGGGUGUGUGCCACAGGGUGCACCUGUUGAACCAGUUGAUGUCCUGGGUGGAGGACGUCGAGGCUCGCUCCUGCUCCGCCGUGCACGUGGCCGACUCCACGCUGGGGGGCGUGCCCGCCCGGGUCUUCCAGCCGAAGGGGGGGAAGCAGCUGAAGAGGGGAGUCAUAUAUUUCCACGGUGGAGGAUGGGCGCUGGGCAGCGGGCGGAUGCGAUCAUACGACCGUCUUUGUCGGAAAAUGGCCGAGGAGCUGGACUCUGUCAUCAUGUCUGUGGAUUACCGUCUCGCUCCAGAGGCCGUGUUCCCAGACCAGUACCAUGAUGCGUUAGCGGCGUCGCGGGCCUUCCUGUCGGCUCAGGUGUUAGAGCGCUACAGCAUCGAUCCGGAGAGGGUGUGUGUGUCCGGUGACAGCUCCGGGGGAAACCUGGCUGCCGCUGUGGCGCAGGAGCUCGGCUCAGAUGACAGUCUCACGGUGAAGUUUAAGGUCCAGGCGCUGAUCAACCCGGUGCUGCAGGCGCUCGACUUCUACACGCCGUCCUACCAGCAGAACCAGGCCGUGCCCAUCCUCUACAGGCCCGUCAUGGCUCGUUUCUGGCUGGAGUACCUGGGCGCCGACACGUCCCUGGAGACCCUCCUGCUCGCCAACAACCACAGCUCCCUGGACCAGCCGGCCAUCAGCGGCAGCACCCGGUCCAAGCUGGACUGGACCGGUUUGCUCCCGGCCAAACGCAGGAAGCACUAUCGUCCGGUUGUGAAAGAGACGGGAUCGCCGGGGGUGAUGGGGAAGGUACCGCAGCUGAUGGACGUGAGGGCGGCACCGCUGCUGGCGGACCAGGAGGUUCUGGGUAGGACGCCUAAAGCCUACGUGAUGACUUGUGAGUUUGACGUGCUGAGGGAUGACGGGUUGAUGUACGUCAGACGACUGCAGAGCGCCGGCGUCGCGGUGACCAACGAUCACUACGAGGACGGUUUCCAUGCCUGCAUGGUGUUCGCGUACCUGCCGGUGAUGUCUAGCGUGGGCCAGAGGAGCAUGAACAACUACAUCCGCUGGCUGGACCAGAAUCUGUAGACAAACUCAGCGCUCCAGAUCCUCGUCAGCCGGUUGUCUGUGGCACCAAAGAUGGACCGGAGCAGAAAGUCUGGUACGUGAGAGAUCCUUGUUAGAUCUUCGAUGAUGAGAAAAAACCUCUUUGAUUAUUACAAAUAUGAUCCAUGUUAAAUCUACUGAGGAAGACACCAGACAGGACAAAAUAUCAGCUGCUUUAUCUGCAAACAGAACCAAGAAAUCUAACUUUUUAAAUCGGCUUUUUACCAACGUGUACGUGCAGACAAGCAGCUGUGAGGAUUCAUUCCUUGUGGCAGCAAUAGAGGCAGUGACAUUUCCUUUUUACUGUGCGGGACUCUCACACCUCCUUAAAACGGACUAACAAGUCUGUUCGCUGGUUACUGAUUGGCCACCACAAGGUGAUGUUGGGUUGCGUUUCUCCAAAAGUUGAGUCGGUCUCAAUUUACCACCGCUGCAGUUUGGUUUGGCUCCUCUCUGCAGCCGUCACCACCGCGGCCUAAAUGCACCACACCAAUACAAAAUGAAUGGGAAGACCUGUGUGUUCGCCCAUCUAUCUGAUGACCACAUGAGUGUGUGUGAACACAGCCUCAUUGUUCACAUACUCGCUUGCGACUGUGUGUGUACCUGCAGGAUUCAAAUUUCUAUCCUCUAGGGGGCCAAAUCGUUCCUGACAGACACCAGGAAACCUUUCUUGAGAACGUCUGCCACGAUGUGCAUUCAAACGGGCUUUUAAAAGCAAAUACAUCAAUUCAUUUCACUCAAAUGUCACCGGGUCAAACAGACCACAAAGCAUCUUCACUGAGUCCUGAAACCAACACAUUUCUCAUCAAAGGUAACCAGUGAAAGUUACAUUAUGUGGAAGGCAAAGGCGUUUUUGGGGAAAAUGAUAGUGUACUUACGGCUCGUUAUUUUCUUUUAAAAGAGAAAUGUAUGUAAUGGCUUUAAUGUGAGGCCCUCGGCUGAAAAUCCCGCCUACACUGAGGGGGUGUUAUCUGAAGUAGGAAACUAAAAGAGAAGUACUGGAAACAAAACAACGAGUCAGGUCGAGCAGAGCCGAACCACACAGUGGAAACACGAUAUUAGUGGACUGGAGCAGGACAACAUCCAAUAACUUCUGGGGAAAUAAAUUAACAUCAAAAAUGUAGAAGAAGAAAACUCCAGUAUCUUUUUGUAAAAUGAAGAACCUUAAAUAUUCUUCCUGACAAACUCCUAAUCCGAUUACUUUUAAAGGUGAAAGUCACUCCGAAGUUCAUCUUUUAUUCUUUUAUGAUGCACUGGGACGCUGAAACUGUCUGUUCUGUGUGUAUGUAUGUAAGUAUGCCAAAGUUCACAGCUGUGUAUACUCACUGGAUUGUGCAAUAUUUUAUGUUUAAACGCCGUUCUCUGUAACUUCACCCUCUGAUGACCACUGUACUGCACGGCCAAUGCAAUCAUGAUGAUGAUAAUGUGACAAAUAUGCAAGAUUUACUGCAUCCCCCCAAGAAAAGAAAUCCCAAAUGGACUCUCAUAUCUCAUUUAUAUACAUGUAGAUCAUUUAUAAAUAAGAUAUAUACAUUUAAAAACAGCAACAGGGAUUACAGAGAAAGACUUCAGAAUGUUAAAAAAGUGGUAUAAUUGUAUUGCUGAAUGUGAAACUUCACAUUGAAUUCUUUAAUAUUGUAUAAAUAGGUUUUAAUAUAAGCAGGGGUUAUGCAACAGGUUGUUUCAGCCAAAGCAGAGACACCAAACGGGCCCCAAAUGUCCUCUGGCAGCACUGAUACAUCCCAUAACUGUUUUAUUGGCUUGUGACAACUCAAGUUUUAUGCUGGGAGCAGGAUCCCAAUAUUGUUUUGUUUUUUUAAUAAUGUGCUUUAUGUGUGUUUUAAUGUGGGGAUUUAUUGCAGAGGGGAUCUUUCUGUCGGUUCACAUUACACUCCUGUUUUUACUGUUAAAGCGAGGACAGGAAGUGCUGCAGGAGACGUUAGCUCAGCAGCACCUGAGGGCUGGGAGCUCUGGCGGCCAUGUUGGAGGUCCUCAGCUUUUAAUAGGGAAUUUGGCAUUUGGUAUAAGAGUUCAGCUUAAAGCAAGUGUGAGUGUUUGUUUAGCCACAAUAAGCUAAAAAUAAGUAUAUUAAAAUAUAUAUAUAAAAAAAAACUCAACAUUGUAUGUAUUAAUGAUAAUAUGUGGUAGCUAUGUAUAGUGCUGCUGAUUUGUUGUGAAUAUAAAAUGAAAUAUUCUCAAAAUAUGUUAUUGUGAUUAAAAAUGUAUUUUUUUCUAACCCAAAUAUGUUUCUGUCUUAAGAAAAAAGCAUAUGUAAAUGUAUCACAUGAAGAGCAUGAAUGAUUAGUUGAUUAAUCGAUUAGUUGACAGCAAUGUUUGAGUCACUUCAACAACAAAAAAGUAAAGAAAUCGCCCACUUUACUGUGUUUAAAAUCAUUGUGAAUUGAAUAUUUUGGAGUUUUCUGACAUUUUUAGAGUCAGUGAUUAAUAGAGAAAUCCAUCAGCGCAUUAUUCAAUAAUAAAAAAAUUUAAAUCUCA